AUGUGUAAAGCGUCAGAAGGCUGCUGGAGUGAACGUCAGCGCACAACCCUGCUUUCCGACGGAACAGUUGCUGCCGUAUACAGUUUUCGUUAUCCGUCUUACUGUAUCGUCGAUUAUCAUAGGUUUCCAGAAGAAAAAAAUGAUUGCUGCUUAUUCUUUACUGCUGAAGAAGAACCACAGUAUUUGCUUUUUGAUGUGACAGCAAAAAGUAAGACAGUGCUUGACAGGUUGGUUCCGGUUAAAUCAAGCGAUGCAGUACUUUCUAUCUCUCAUGAAAAUUCCGCUUGGACUGUUGAGGUAAAAAAAGAAGUUUUCAAAACAGUGGGAGGAUUUAGACCUCAACUGCUUCGGAUCUGUGUUCAUGCUGUAAAGCGAAUGGGGACCCUUCGAACCGCAAUCAGAUUCCCAAUUACUAUUGCAACAAUGGUGAUGUUGGUAUCACCUCUUUUUGGAGACCUCCGGACACAAAUUUUUGUUAAACUUUUCACGUUGUUCCUACAAACAAUAUCUUUUAUUUACUUAUGUGCAAUGGCUCCUACAAACGGCUUUGAAGGAACGAAACCAAGAAUAUAUACAUUCUUUGAAACUUUGUUCGUAUUGACAUGGGUUAGCAUGAUCUUAAGUUUACUAGCACUGGCAUUAUGUCGUAUUCGAAGAACAAUUCCACCGUCUCAUAAACUUUUUCUAGUCGCCAAAAUGGUUAAUCGAAUUGUCUGUUGUGUCGGUGAAGACUUCGGCGAUUCUACCUCGCAACGAAAUUUGGAAAAUCCUGGUCCAGAUUAUACGAUCGAGUGGCAGCAUAUAUAUAUUGCAACAAAUAAUCUAUUUUCUUUUAUCGCUUUUGUCGUUUUUGUUUUUAUUGCUAUUUUUGAAAUCUUCUAG